CUAAUUCUAUCCCAUUCUCUCUAGUAUGACUCACGUGCAAGGGCAUAUCGUGCUGUUGGGGAAUGGAUCAUGGCCGGAUACGAAGCAGCUUUGUAUAUUCGCGACCAGGAUUGUCAACCUUCGAUCAACACACAUUACAAUUUUUACCACAGAAGAUCUAUUUGAACGCGCGCGACGCGAAGUUACCAGCGAGAUGCAGGACUCGCUGAGUAUGGACCUGAUUAGGAUUGUUGGGCUCCCAUCUGGGCGCUGCGACAACCUCACCGACGCCACCUUCAACGUCGCAUUUACAGAAAUCUAUGAAAAGCUGAUGGGUUCCCGGAACUUCCAAUGCACUGCGACUGGCCGGAACUACGGGCCGCUCCCUUUGCCACGGGCUGUCGUAUCCCCCAACUUCACUAUGGAGCUUAUGACGGCCCUAAGGAAGCGCUCACAUCAAUCUGUAAAGCUCCUCGCCUGGUAUUCUCGUGCGCCUUCCACGUUAUUUUUCUUCCAUGGCCCAGCGGAGAGGGGCGGUGUCAAAGAGCUAUGCGCUAGAGUGCAGGAGGAAGCGGCGCGGACUCAGACACCAGAAGUGAAGAUCAUCGAGAAGACUGUUCAUUUCCUGCACAAUCAUCUCAUCCGGGUACCUGGGUACGAGCCUAUCUAUAGUCACGAGAUCCAGCCCCAAGAGCUGGCAACUCGAGGCAGUAUUGGAACAGAGUGGCUUACAAUACACGACAUGUUGAUGGCAUGUGACGGUGUCUUGAUAUCCACACCGGAAAGCUGGGAUGCGCUCUCCAUAAUCGGAGCUCGUUACUGGAUGAAGGAGACGUCGCGGAAUGUGUACGCCAUAGGUCCUAUGCUCGCGAGAAGCCCACAGGCCGCCGAGAACGAGGUUGCAAUCGCACAUCAGGGCGCGGCGACUCGCACGUUUCUAGACAGGAUCUUGAAGACACACGGCGAGAGGUCUUUGUUAUACAUUUCAUUCGGAUGUGCCAUGUGGCCCAAGCAUCCGGAAAAGCUGUGGACAUUCUUGGACGCCGUCAUGGAACUCCAAAUUCCCUUCAUCCUCAGUCACGCAUCCAACGACGCUACAAUCCCCCAGGAAAUCAAGGACAAGGUCGAUUGUUACGGAUUGGGACUCUUGUCGCCUUUCUGCCCCCAGCAGAUGAUUCUCAAUCAUCAAGCUACUGGAUGGUUCGUAACACAAUGCGGACAAGGGAGUGUGCUGGAAGCGGUCAACGCAGGGGUGCCGAUGAUCUGCUGGCCAUAUGUUGGCGACGAGGCAUUGAAUGCGAUUUACAUCGUCGAUACGCUGAAGAUCGGUUACGAGCUCCUCCAGAUUCGCACCGGCCACGGCCUGAAGCGGAUCUAUCGCACAGGCGUGCGUCCUGAAGGGACUCCGGAGGCGAUCCGCGCGGAAACUAUGGUCGUCCUGCGAAGGGCUUUCGGGCAAGACGGCGCGAAGCUCAGAGGGAAUGUCGAAUGUCUUAGACAGAAGCUGAAGGAUAUGUGGGAGCAGGGUGGGGAGUCGCAGCAGGCAGCGCUUGCUUUUGUCGGCAGCCUCGGAUUGUGAUGCCCCGCUGGACAUACGUAUUGUGACUGCCGAGGGCUUACGGUAGCGUACAGCGGUAUAUUUUGUCUUGUACACGGUGAUACGGGAAUAAUUACAGCGAAAAUGGACC